AUGGUGACUACAAGUUGAAACUUUUAGUUAUGAACGUUUAUUAAUUUAAGUAUGUUUCUACUGAAAAAUAGCGACAGUUCAAUAUUUUAAAGGAAAAGAAUAAUCUUAUAACCAGUUAAUCAUGGGCCGGUGGCUAGAAAUUUCCUGCUUUCUCCUCUUCCUAUUUUAUUUUAGUUCUCAAGACUCAGUUUAUGGUAACAAGAUUGAUAUGGCUGGCAUAAAAAAUGCUAAAAAUAGUAGAAAAUUGGAUCUUGUAUUCCUCAUUCAUACCUCCACUCAAAUCAGUGACAGGUCAUUUGAGCUAGUUAAAACAUUUUUGAAAAAUCUACUGCGGGAUUCUGAUAUUGAUUCAGGUGAUGUUCGUGUGGGAAUAGCGUUCUACGACAGUAACCCAAAUAUACUUUUCAAUUUGCCACAAUACAAGACCAAGGUUGACCUGAUUGGAGCUAUUGAUGCCAUCCCUUCAAGCUACCGAUCAGAUGAAGCUAAUCUAGCUCGAGGUCUGAAAGUAGCCAAACAAAUAAUGUUGUCUUCAAGUAAUGAUCAAAGGCCUGAUGUACCAAAUGCAGUGGUUGUAAUCACAGAUGGCACAUCUUCAUUUGAUUCAAACGAGAUUCAUAGUGCUGCUGUGGAUUUGAAGAGUAUCGCUUAUAUCUUUGGUGUUGGCAUUGGAAUAGGCACAUUUGGUGAAAUGGCCAGAAUAGUCACAGAGCCAGCGAAUGUAAACUAUUUUGGAAUUGUGGCCAUUGAACGUUUACAUGAGGUGGAGCCGCAACUAACUGAGCAAAUUAUGGCAUUGCAAGGAGAUGCUGCACCACUUGAUGUUCCAACUGAUGCAAAAGCAGACAUAGUAUUUCUUGUACAUAUGUCAAAGAAGUCAACAAAAGCUGAUCAAAAUCUUCUCAAAAUUUUUAUGAGGAAAUUACUUUCAUCAGCUGAUAUAGACUCUGGAGCUGUAAGAGUAGCGAUUGUAACAUAUAAUGUAAAUUCAAAAGUGGUUAGCAAUUUUGAUACAUACACUAGUAAAGCUGAUGUUUUUAACACUAUUGAUAACAUGAAUAAGUUUAAAGGUCCUAAGGCUAAUGCUGCAGCUGGUUUGAAGAUGGUUCUCAAUAAAAUAUCUAUCAACAAAAGUGGUGACCGCCCUAACGUCAAAAAUACUCUUAUUAUGGUUACUGACCAAAAAUCAAAUAAGGUUCAAAAUUCAAAGCGAAAUGCUGAUAAAUUAAGAGGAAAAGGUACUGAAAUAUUUACUGUUGGUGUAGGAUUUGAUACUUCAGCUGAGCUAAACGAAAUAGCAAAUCAUCCUGCAGGUGUACAUGCACAAUUUGUUGAGGAUUUUUCCAAAUUAAAUGAAGCAAAUGAUCUACUACUUCAAAGUAUUCCAAGUUUUAAUGUUAUGAAGAAACCAGUGCCAAGAUCAACAAAUCGCCCUGCUCCAGUUGACAAUACAAUAUAUCAGACUUCUGAUGAACUGGAUCUUGUGUUUGCCAUUCACAUAUCAGAGAACGUUAAUGAUGUAGAAAUGAGACAACUUAUGAAUUUCCUUAUAAAUAUGUUUGGCCGAGCAAACAUUGCUGCAGGCAAGGUUAGGGUUGGGGUGAUUACCUAUGGUGAGACAGAAUCAGUUAUAUUUGAUUUGAAUGAAUAUAAUGACGCAACUGCAAUGGUUCAAGCCAUUUCUAGUACACUGACUGGAUCAAAGUCUAAUAAAGUAAAUGUAGCAAAUUUAUUGGAAUCAGUACGUACCAAAAUGUUCCAAGAUGCAAAAGGGGACCGUAAAGGAGUACCAGAUGCUUUGAUAAUAUUAACUGAUAAAAUAUCCAAUAUGGAAGUUGGUGAAAUACCAUUUCAGGCAGCUGAAACACAGAAAAAAGGCAUAAGAGUUUUUACAGUGGGAAUCAAUCUUUCUGACAAGGCUGAAUUGGAAACAGUUGCAAGCAGACCUACUGACCAAAAUGUGUUUACCGUUACAUCCUACAGUGAACUACCAAGAACUGAGCAAGAGAUAGUCAACCAACUUUAUGUCUGUGAGUACAAAUAGACACAAAGACAAAAUGUGAUAGAAUAUAUGUUAAUUGACUAACUUCAGAUUUAUUAUUCAGAAAAUUUAGUGUAAUAUUUAGGACAUAAAUUUCUUAAACUUUAUCAGUUGAAGCAAAUACAUAAGCACAUUUAUGAAUGUAUACUUGUAGUUAUGAAUGUAUACGUGAUUGGAUGGCUGAUGAUUAUUGAAG